UAACCAAACACGGCCUUAAUAUCCAUCCACGUGUCUAAGGCUUCGCUGUUAAGCUCAUUAUUAAUACCGCCACCUUCCCGACCUCGCUGUUUUGUUAUCCCCCUGAUUCUCUUUUAGGAUCUCCCCUCCUGCUCUUUCCUCAGUUGGCUUCGCCGGAGAAACCAACGACAACCUCUUUUAUUCCAACUCCGGCUCAUUGCCUUCAAGAGGUUGUUGUUUCUCCGGUUGCUCCGUCGAUAGCCAACUUUCUCCCUUGCACUUUCAUCUAUUCAUGAUUUACUAAAUCUCUAUAUAAUCUUUCGUUGUUUUGAUCCUUAUCAUCGUAUGAUGGCCGAAGAGACGCUGGCUGCCGGAAUGUAUCUUUAUGGUGACCUUGAUUUGAAGAUCAUUGAAGCUCGGCGGUUGCCCAACAUGGAUUUGUUCACGGCGCGUAUUCGUUGGUGUUUAACCGCUUUUGACAGUUGCCGGAAGCGUUUCUCUAGAGAGAAGAAGCGACCACACGAGAAUAGAAUCAUUACCAGCGAUCCUUACGUUACGGUUUGCAUUGCGGGAGCCACUGUGGCUCGCACGCGCGUCAUUUCUAACACGCAACAUCCCUUCUGGAACGAGCAUUUCAUUAUUCCGAUGGCUCACCCGGCCAGCCACGUGGAGUUUUACGUCAAAGACAACGACGUCUUUGGCGCCGAUUUAAUUGGAGUUGCAACCGUUCCGAUUGAGAAGAUAAUUUCGGGUGAAAGAAUCAGCGACUGGUUUCCAAUAAUCGGUCCUUAUGGGAAACCGCCGAAGUCAGAUUGUGCAGUUCGUGUUGAAAUGAAAUUCACGCAAUGCAAGGAGAAUCCAUUAUACAAAUAUGGCAUCGCUGCGAAUCCUAAUGAUUCCGGCAUUCGAAAUUGCUAUUUCCCGGUAAGACAUGGUAACUCCGUAACGCUAUAUCAAGACGCGCACGUGCCGGACUCUAUGUUGCCGGACAUUAAAUUGGACAACGGUGACGUAUUUAAGCAUGAAAAAUGCUGGGAGGAUAUUUGUCACGCGAUCCUAGAGGCUCAUCAUAUGGUUUAUAUAGUAGGUUGGUCGAUUUUUCAUAAGGUGAAAUUAGUGAGGGAGCCCACAAGGCCAUUGCCUAACGGUGGGAAUUUGAAUCUGGGGGAUUUGCUGAAGUACAAAUCGCAAGAAGGUGUUAGAGUUCUGAUGCUGGUUUGGGACGAUAAGACUUCACAUAGCAAGUUUUUCAUCAAUACGACUGGAGUGAUGCAAACGCAUGAUGAAGAAACUCGCAAGUUUUUCAAGCAUUCUUCUGUUAAGUGCGUGUUAUCGCCGCGCUAUGCCAGCAGUAAGCUUAGCAUUUUCAAGCAACAGGUUGUUGGGACCCUCUUUACACAUCAUCAGAAGUGUGUGAUAGUGGAUACACAAGCAUCUGGAAAUAAUCGGAAGAUAUCUGCUUUUAUAGGAGGUCUUGAUCUUUGUGACGGGCGCUAUGAUACACCCGAGCAUCGGUUGUUUAAGGAUCUUGACACUGUGUUUCAGGAUGACUAUCAUAAUCCAACAUUUUCUGCAGGAACCAAGGGUCCUCGGGAACCAUGGCAUGAUUUGCAUUGCAAAAUUGAAGGACCAGCUGCAUAUGAUAUUCUUACAAACUUUGAGCAGCGUUGGAAAAAAGCCUCAAAGUGGUCAGAAUUUGGACAGCGUUUUAAAAGGGCAGCUCAUUGGCAUGAUGAUUCUUUAAUAAAGUUGGAACGAAUCUCAUGGAUACUUAGUCCUAGCCCAUCAAUUCCAAAAGAUGACCCUAAAUUAUGGGUGUCCGAUAAAGAUGAUCCUGAAAACUGGCAUGUUCAGGUUUUCCGGUCUAUAGAUUCAGGAUCUUUGAAAGGGUUUCCUAAGGAUGUUUAUCAAUCUGAGGCUCAGAACCUUGUUUGUGCUAAAAAUCUGGUGAUUGAUAAGAGCAUUCAGACAGCAUACAUUCAGGCAAUCAGAUCUGCCCAACACUCCAUAUAUAUUGAGAAUCAAUAUUUCAUUGGAUCAUCAUAUGCAUGGCCAUCUUACAAAGAAGCAGGGGCUGAUAAUCUAAUUCCUAUGGAGCUGGCAUUGAAGAUUGCUAGUAAAAUCAGAGCAAAGGAGAGGUUUGCUGUUUAUGUUGUCAUACCAAUGUGGCCUGAGGGUGUUCCCAGUUCUGUCUCUGUGCAAGAAAUUCUCUUUUGGCAGGGACAGACAAUGCAAGUGAUGUAUGAAAUCAUAGCAAAAGAAUUGAAAGCCAUGAAUCUCGAGAAUCUGCAUCCUCAAGACUACCUGAACUUUUAUUGUCUGGGUAAUAGAGAAGAACCACCCAAAGAAUUAUUGGAAUCAAGUAAUAAGCCACAAAAUUCUGGAGAUGUGGUUUCAGCUUCUCAAAAACAUCAGCGUUUCAUGAUUUAUGUACAUUCCAAGGGAAUGAUUGUAGAUGAUGAAUACGUUAUAUUGGGUUCUGCCAAUAUUAAUCAACGAUCUAUGGCUGGUUCAAGAGAUACUGAGAUAGCAAUGGGUGCGUACCAGCCCAGUUACACAUGGGCCAAUAAGAAGAGACAUCCACGAGGCCAGGUAUAUGGAUACAGAAUGUCACUCUGGGCAGAACACAUGGGAUUGGUCGAUAAAUUGUUCGAAGAUCCUGAAACUUUGGAUUGUGUGAAGACUGUGAACAAGAUUGCUGAAGAUAACUGGAGGAGGUACACAGGGGAGGAAUUUUCUCCAUUGCAGGGGCACCUCCUUAAAUACCCUUUGAAGGUAGAUAUCAAUGGCAAAGUAAGCCCUUUGCCUGGACAAGAGAGUUUCCCAGAUGUCGGUGGAAAGGUUCUUGGAGCUCGCUCAACCCUGCCUGAUUCCUUAACUACAUAGCAAGUCCAUACUUUCAAUUUCUAAUUCAGUGUAUUUCCCUUUGCCUGUAAAUGGAAGGCCUUAGUUUGUGCUGGUAUUAAGCUCAGUUAGCGGUCAUAGGAGCCUUGUCACUGUAUAUUGCCAAUCUAGUGUACAGAACACAAUGCCUUUGUACCAUUUCUCAAAAAUAGUCUAAAGAAAUAGAAAAAGGUCAUCAUUGAUGAAUUCUGGUGCUCUUGGCUAUGGACAGAUUUGAAUUUGGCCUGGGUUUUUCAUGUUUAUGUUUCCCUCUGAAUUCCAUAUUAUAUUUCCAUGGGUACAAGACAAAGAAUGCAAUCUGAGCAAAAGAGAAGAAACAAAAAGCACACAAAUGAUCCUCAGUUGGCCAAUACAAAAUACAAAUGUCAAAUUAUAAAAGCGAAAUUACAAGGAUAUUACAAGUUGGGUUCACACCAUGCAAGAUUUAUGAACUCUUCUACCUCGGAAACAAGAGGAAUACGGGAUGAUAUAACCGGACCCUACGGUGGAGUUUAGUUAACGGUGACAUUUCCGGACAUGCCAGCUCCCCGGUGAGGGGCACAGUAGAAAGCGUAACUGCCUUUUUCCUUCAAUGUAACUUUAUAUGUCUCUCCAGCGGCAUUCAGGAGUUCUUCUUCCGGCAUGGAGAUUGCAGACGCAUCUACCCCACUUGGAAUUUCGUCCUCGUCGAAAACGACGUUGUGUGGGAAGCCAGCAUUGUUUUUGAACACAAUCUCUUCCCCGGAAGCUACAGAGAAAUUUUUGGGAACAAAAGCCAGUGACCCAUCAUCAGCUCCAAGCAAGAUCUCAAGGGCCAUGGCAUUGCUAGCGAGCAUUGCACUUGCUGCAGUAGCUACAACAGCAACACCCACGUCCUUCAUUGAAGCCUUGAUGGCGAGCUUUGGGACUGAAGAAGCCGUAACCUUGGCACCUGCAUUAACUUUGGCUGUGGUGGUGGUACUGGCAGCCUUAAGACCAGUGAAUGACGGGAUGGCAACAGCUGCAGAGGUGACGGUGGCCAUUGUUGAAGCCUUGUUUCUAUGUUUUUUUUGCAGGACUUUGCUUGUG